AUGAAGCUCGACAUUGACCACAUCCAGCAUCUUGCUGCGCGUGCGGACGUGACGCCCAAUACUUUCCAGACAUACACAAUUGUCGCGGCCUGCCUCUUCAUCCCUAUCACGGCCGCAAUCUGGCACACGCCACAUGUGCGGGACGCCUUCGUGGGCCCCAAAGUGUUUGUAAUCUUCACGCACGAGAUGUUCCACGUCCUCGCCGGCGUUCUCUGCGGCGGGCGGCUACAUGCGUUCGUGAUCGAUCCAAACCUCGGCGGAUACACUGGCGUCUCGGGGCUCAAACGCACCGUGCCGCGCACACCAGACCCGUAUAGCUUGCCGACGCCGGAGCAGCUGUUUUGGAGUCCCAGUGUGGUUGUUACGCUCCUGGCGGGACCGCUUGGCAGUGCCAUCAUAGGGUUCCUUUACAUCUUUGCGGGCUUCGACAUCGUUGCCUCUAAGAUCGCAAGCUUUACUAUCGCACUCGGUCUACUCGUGGCGGGCGCGUACGCCAUGCAUUGGAUCACCUACAUGAGUGUAUUCUGCUCCGAAGCCAUCCUCAUCGGCCUGUGGUUCGGCGCGCAUGGCAGUGCCUUGCGCUUCCUAGUCCUCUUCUUUGGGGCAAUGCACCUAUUCUACACACUCUGGGACUACCUCGAGGACGCGGUGUUCGGCAAAACUCACCCCUCCGACUGCCAGGAGCUGCAGCGCAACCUCGGCCUCUCCGCAGAAGCAUGGCUUGCGUUUAUCUUUCUAUUCGAGGCGCUCGUGUUCAUGGCUGCCACCCUGGCGGGUAUCUGCGUGUUCAAGAAAACACCGGAGGAGAUGUAUGCCAACGCCGCGGGUUUCCUUCCGACAUGA